AUGAUAGCACACAUUCGUGGGCAAUUCUGGCCUUUGCACUUCCGUAACCUGGCACGGAGGCAUGUCAACUGUAGCUUGCGCUAUCGAGUCCGGCCCCAGUCGGAAAAGCAGUUGAUGGGCCAGCUUCCGAAGGUUCGAGUUACUCCAGCUAGGGCCUUCCUCAACACCGGCGUCGAUUUCUGCGGCCCUGUUUGGCUAAAGUCCCCAGUACGAAGAGCUGCACCGGUUCGAGCAUACGUCUCUGUUUUCGUCUGCAUGGUCACCAAGGCCGUGCAUCUUGAGCUUGUCAGCGACCUCAGCACCGAUGCCUUCAUUGCUGCAUUGAAACGGUUCGUUGCGCGCCGUGGCAAACCAGUCGCCUUGUUCUAUGACAACGCCACCAACUUCAAAGGUGCGGACAAGCAGCUACGAGAACUCUGCUCACAGCUCAACCAUCAACAACAUCAUCAGAAAGUGGCAUCGUUCUGUGCUGAAUCCGCUAUUCAAUUCAGCUUCAUUCCCGCAAACGCACCUACCUUCGGCGGCCUUUGGGAGGCCGCGGUCAAAUCCAUGAAGCACCACUUCCGGAGAGUUGUGGGUCUCGAUGCACUGCCAAGCGAGGCCAUGCAUACUGUUCUCUGCCAAAUCGAAAGCUGCCUCAAUUCGCGGCCGUUGACUGCAGUCUCGGAGGAUCCUAGCGACAUGGACGUCCUCACUCCAGGGCACUUUCUUGUUGGGUCGGCUCUGCAAUCCAUACCCGAGCCCGGCCUGUCCCAAAUCCCCAGUAAUCGGCUUUCGCUCUGGCAGGAUAUUCAACGUAGAACCCAAGCAUUCUGGAAAUCCUGGACUACGGACUAUCUUCACCAGCUUCAGCAACGAUCCAAACAUUUCCCCCGGCAGCCGAACGUUCUAGUCGGCAAGUUGGUUCUUCUGAAAGACGACAAUCUUCCUAGUCCUAGUCCGUGUAGUGAAGGUCAGACUUCCAACUGA